UUUGAUAUCUUAUUUACCCGUAUAAUCUAAUAAAUAAACGCAGAAUCACAUAAUUAAAUUCGUGAACUAGUCUCGAACGAAAUAUCGUGUUUAGAAUUCACCAACAACAUUUCAUCGCUCAAUAUUAGUAAAAUAACCAACAAAGGCCGUACAAAUAGCACAAGUCCGUAUCGUUCGCGUCUAACUAGUAAACACGGAUAAUUGCGUGAAAACCACAUGCUCUGCAAAUCACAAGACCGCUUAUUAAACUAUUAAAAAUAAUGUAUCAGUCGUCAGCUUUAUCAUUUAUUCAUUGACUUGCCGCGUCGAAACCCGUGGAUGGGUGACCAUCUGUUAUCAUUCCGACACACAGUAGACACCCUCCUUGCUUUAAAAAGUAUGUCUAGCCGUAUUCCUUGUAUUCCGGACUACAAUUACGUCAAACGUUCUUAGAGGUGGUAAAGGUUUUUCAACCUUGGUCGAUUCUGAGUAUGUGACUGUAUUACUUCGAUAGUAUUUUCUUCCAUAUAUUGCCUUGACCGUGUAAAAAUUUGAAGUACGUAUGAUUAUCAUGGAGUAGGUGCUAAAAUACUUUCUCAAUUAUGAAAAACCCACCGGUACUGAAGUUAUCUCUUCCGAGACCAUGUAGAAGGUUGAUAUAGAAUAUUAGUGUUUCGUUGAACGACCUGAGCACGAAGGCCUGAUACGACUGAUUUUGAAAAAAAAAACACAAACAAUAGCUACACAGGACAGCUACAGCAUAACUAGCUAUUAUUCAAUAACUCGUUGUUUUCGCUUUGCCAUAGUCGAGGAAAAAUGCGAAUGAUUGAGCACACUCAAUUCCCUGGGCUUGUAUCAAAUCGAAAAGUGCUCAAUCAAUUAAAAUAGAAUGUUCUGGUAAAUUAAAGUUGAUGAAUGAUCUGUUUAAGAGCUAAAUGAUAUGUUGCUUUCUUUGUUUUCGAAUUCCAGAGAAUAAAUCGUUGCAAUCGCUAGAAUACAAUUUUCCCAAUAAACACUUUCUCUAAUGCAUAGCUGUUUUAUUCCGAUACAAAAGAAAAUGCCCAGGAUAUGCACAGCAAUAAAUUUAUAACAAUAAAUGCGGGACGUGACACGUCCGCAGCGUAGCCAACAGUAAUUAACUGGGAAUAAAACAGUAAAGGCUUUGGAAACAAUUUCUUUUAAAAUGCCGUUGGACUAGAGCAGCGUGAAAGUUAAUUAUUAAGCAUGUUAUGCCUGGUUAUUGUAUUUAUGGUCGGAGCGGGGUGGGAAUUCGAUCGUUAUUCAUUAUUUUUUAAGUUUGAUCGUUAUUCUGAGGUUCAUAAAACAUUUUGUAUUUUUAUAAUAAUGGAAUCUUAUUGAUCGUACAACUUGUACAACGACUGAUAUUUUAUCGAUAAGCAGGUGCUGAAAUAAAAUGAUUAGCUCUUUCCAAAUAAUUUUCAGUUAAUUUGGCUAUUAAUUUUCUUUUUUUUAAUUGGCAGGUUCAGAAAAAACACUUUUGUAGAUCACGUACUUUGUCUCAUGACGUUUCAAUCGUCAAACCUGCAAUAUACAUAUGUCUCAAUGACAAACUUUACUUAACAGUAGGAAACGCUGCAUGUUACAUGGUGUUAAAUUUUAUUACCGUCUAUUCCUGGCGGAAUCCCUUUAGACAUUUCCCAACAACGUUCGCCCGACACCCCUUGCUAAACGCUUAGCCUGGAGAUAACAAGCGUCGCAACAAACUGCAGCACCAAGUUGUUGCUGCCGUUCGCUGUGUUCACAUUAUUCAGAUGGUUCAUACAAUCUAGAAAUUCUCGUGCUCAUGCCAUACUUAUCCCUAUUGCUGGUCACGUCUCAAUCAUUCCGUUCUUGACAUCUUGAAUAAUCAAACUGACUCUCUUCUUAAUUAUACAUCCCGCUUGACCUUUACCAAUAUGUCAGUAUCGACACGAACAUGAACUGUAGACGUAACAGUAACAAGGUUGCAAGUUAAUUAUCACCAAUAAGGUUUUAAGUAGGUUUUAGAAACCGAUUCUCAUAUCAUUCUCCGACUUAUUUAACAAUAUUUUAAGAGUUACUGCUGUCCGUAAAUCGAAUACUGAUAACCGAAAACGUUACUCAACUUUGAAUUUACCUUAAGCCAUUGUAUUUGCUACUCGAGCAAAGGUAGCGAUAAACUUUAGAUCGCCUAAAAGUUUGGUUUUCCUUGAGAAUUAGGUAACUGGUGUGCUUGCUUUAUCUUAGUCGAGAGUAUAGGAGCAUGUUAGUUUCAUAGUUCGUAGUAACUGUUUUAAUGAAGUUAUGAGUACAACAGCAUUCAACAACAGAUUAUAAUUUCUUAACUCUUCCCCGAUUUAAUUAAAUGCUCAGACUAACAGCCUUCCGAGACUUUACCCGCAACUUUCUCUUCUUCUUACUUAUAAAAAUAUAAAAUUUAAUAUUGAAGUACACAAUAAAGAUAAUUAACUAAAUGGCUAAUUUGGUUAAUUAGUGCGUGAAAGGGUUAUAAAUUCCUGUAUCCAUUCCCACGAACUUUGACAUUUAUAAUAUUACCUAUAGCCACACAUAUUCCGUUACAGGAUAAACACUCCAAAAAAUAACAAUUGUUUACCAUUAAAAUAACAUCACAAUAGCCGCUUUAAUGUCUUGGUUAUAAAAGCGUCGUGGCCGAUAAAAUAUGAGUAGUAAAAUCGUAACAAUAACUAAAGAAACAUGACUGAAAUCAUAUUGCAAUAAAAACUUAAAACGUCAAGAUAUAUUUGUUGGAUUUUUCAGCCAGUUCAAACGAGCCUACGCAUUACUUCGAUCUACUUAACGCCAAGCGACGCGUGCCUAUGUGUACCUUUACGCGUCUCUUUGAGAUUUGUGACGGCAGUUCUUGGAUGCUAAAAAUGUUGGCUAUCAAAGAUUCGUGUAACAUUUCGUACAUGAAUGACUUGCAUUAGUAUACGAAGGGUUAUGUAAAUCUUUGUUUAGCAAAUAUAUAUAUCAUUUUUUAUUCAAUUCAUUGCAUACUUUCCAUGUUUUUACUAUUCUUUUGAAAUACAAUAUCAAACGUAAAUAAUACCGAUGUAUUGUAACAGCAAAUCCUAUUGUCUGAGUGUUUAAAUAUCCUGAUACAAUGCACGACCACCCAAUUAGUUGGAACGUGCAUGAAAUUCGACCCCUCUAUGUGCAUUGAUUAAAAGCAGAGUAAUAUUGUGCAACACUAAUCCUCGCUUUGAGCCUAAGGGGUGGUCACCACAAAGGGAAACACACCAGAUGCAGUGUCAAAGUACUAACAGAGGCCUUUGAAAUCAGAUUUAAUUACAUACGUCACCAAUACUAUCUCCGUCUAUUGUCCUUCUGUCUAGCUUGUCGAAGGGGAUAUUUGUAUACCUAUUGUUUGCUGUUAAUGUACAGCUAUAUUGUUUUUAAAGUAGACAUUGGUUAUUAGGCAAACGUAAUUUGUCUCACUGUCAAUUUGUAGCCCAAUGUUGCCCAAAAGUAUUUAUUAACUCUAAAGAAAUGUGCCUCUAGUCGGCUGUAAAAUAUACUGUCUUUUUAACCCAACAUUUUCAAGGCUUGAGAAAAUAUUCAACUGAUAUUGCCCUCUAGAGUCGUAACGUAAAAGCGUUCUUAAUGUAAGCAAAGUACAAUUUUUUUAAAUAUAAUUUUCAAUAAGUCUUGACGAUUCGCAUUGUCUCCGGAGAGGAGGUUUAUGACCGUCAUAUUUCAUUCGAGUAACCUAUUCUUUAUUUUGUCGUUUCACUCCAUUUAGAAUUUACGUAGUACUGGCUGAAGAAGAAAAUGGGGUUCUAGGGUAACUAUAGAUUGAGUAUUUUCUUUUCUCAAACAAAAAGAAGUGUUGGUUAGCUGGCACUCGAUUCGCAGCGCUUUGUAGUGGAUAUAUUGUGUAAGCGUUUUAAAAGUACCCGACAUGCACUUACAGGUUGUAGCUAUAGAUGUAGCAGAUUAUAUCCGCUACUUUAGACACUCUUUAGUCUUUCAUAAAAUUCGGAGGCUAUUAUUAUAUCCAGUAGUUAUAAUGGUACGUGUUUAAAAAAUGUUUAUUUGAGUGACCUACCAUUAUCAUUAAAACAACUUAUUUAUGUACUCGGUACCUACAUACUAUAUAGGACAUUCAAAAACAAAGGGUUUCUCUCUCUCGUUAGCGUUUCAUACAAUGGCAUGGCGGUACGUGACAUUUUGUGACAGGUAUACAAAUAUAAAUAAUUUAUACUUUAAUGCUCUGCGGAAUGCAAAAUAAUGAAGCGAAUUUUAACCCGACACGCUUUCCAAAAACGUAUAAUUGAAAGUCAGCUUUGAUUUCGUGAUCAUUUAAAAUUUAAAUAUAAAAUACCAGCAUUAUCGAUAAAUCUGUUAAAAUUCACCUACCAAAAUACACGUUCGUGUUGCUGCUCACAACUUCCAAAGCGUUCAGUUAAAAACUUUCCUACAUUCGUUUUAAAAGUGCAGUUCUGACACACUUAAAAACUUACGAUCAUUUUCUAACUAAACCGCGAUGUUUCACAAAAUUGAAAGAAACUUCCUGACGAGCGAGUUACCGCGAACCAUCACAACUUAGACGGCAAAAUUAUAUAAAUUUGAACGUCUUGUAUAGAUGUCUAAUUAAGUCUUAACCGUUAUAGCUCCAGUAAAGCGCUAUAAAUAAGAACAUAUAAACAUAGCUUGCUGUCACCAAAACGGAUUCAAAUUAUUACUGUCGGUAAUAACAGUACUAAUAGGAAUUUGUGGCGAAUGCGUUUGAAAACUAAUAUAUCACGGACUGGACAAGGAUUUGACAGUGAUUACCUCAAAUAUUAAUUAGAGUCACGUUAACUAUCGACCUCGGUUCGAUAUUGUUUUACGUGCUGUAAAUUAGUUUGGAUAACUUGGAGUUAGAAUUGGACAUGGCAAUCAAACCACAAACCAGGUUUAUACAAUGGAAAUGGCUUUUGAUGGUCAUAAACAUACACUAACUAUAACCAUCUUCAUUUUCCGAUACUACCAAUUUACUUUAAAUAUUAUAAAAAAAAAAAACAAUUUUGAAUAAAAUUGAUUUUAACAUAAACCAUCAACACCAACAAGCCAUUUUUCGAGUCAAUCGUAUAUUAGGUAAUAGUUUGUUAGCAAACAAAAACGUGUGAAACUACUGUAAACACUUUUCGAAGUUGAUUGUAACAUGCGGGAUGGCACUCAGUUUUAAUUGACUUUGUUCAGUACCAAUGGUGAGAGGUAGCAUCAACUGCGGAACCCGCGCCCGACGCUACCGAACGUGAGUGCGGCGGCGAUCACAUGUAAAUUUUCACAACGACUGCGUCCGCAAAUUGCAUUACUAAGCGGAUUAACAGAUUUUAUUGUAUAAGUUUAAUCGAAAUAUCGACAGACACUAUCCACUUUAAAAACUAUAAUAUUUAAGCCUCGUCAUCUCAUAUGUACGUACUUCGUCAUACUUACUGUUACAAAAAAUUCUAAAGGUAAAACUCAAAAUUUCCCCACGCUUCAAUUUUGAUUAGAUAUAAUCUGUCUUAAUAUUACAACGCCCUCGUAUUUAAAUUACUUUGUUCGCAUUAUGAGUUCAUAAUACAAAGGAGAAAAUUUUAAAGGUAAUUAAUUGAUUUCUCCUGAAAAAAAUAGUUUAUUCGUAGUUAGUUAUUUUAUUCAAAUUGACGUUCUCAUUUUCAUCGGAUUUGAUUAGCCAAUGACUGAGAAUAGAAGCAACGAAGACAAAGGUGCUUAUCACAAAAAAGCGAAAGUUUUUGAUAAAUCGACUAAGUACGUUUUUAAGUAAUUCUUUUUCUGCUUGACCAUGACUGAAAAUUAAAGUCCAGGAAAUAAGUAAGAUACCUUCUUCCUACGUCUAAAAUUACGUUGCGGAAAUAUGCUUUACAAAGAACCACUCUAUGAAACUUUGUGAAAUUCAAAUACUUCCACGUUGAAAUUCUGAAAGUUAGAUAGACAAGGUGAAGUCUUAAGAUGACAGGUUACGGCUGCUGCUAUGAUUUCAUUAUUAUGCUAGACCACUUUCUAUUUUAAAAACUUCCAUUACGAAAGCAAAAUACAGGAAGCGAAAUAAAAACCUAAGUAAUUUCAUUUGAAACCUGAACAACAUCAGAACUUUUUAUUUCUCCUUUUGUGUUUGGCUUUUCUCAAGAAUGGUUUUCUACUUAAGUCGUCUUCGCAGUCGCUGAAGUAGUAAUUCUUUUCCAGAAAUGGUUUUAACUAUUAUAACGUUAAGUUUAAAAUAAAUUAUGGUCACUAAAAUCGUUAAAAUCCGUAGUGUGAAGGAGGGUGAGCUUAAGCACAGCUUUGUAACGACAAACCUUCAUUCCAAUGACUAUGACUCACUCAUGUAAUUAUGGGAUGUAAACCUGACCCUACGUAUCGUACAUGCGUGGGUACGUACCUACAGGUGUACCUGCCGCUAACAGUGACGAUACGUAACUCUCCACUAAUCACUGUAAUUAUUACGGGGCUGCACACCGCUUCCAUUACAGAAUUAAUAGAUAUUCUGACGAUGAAUAAUACUGAAUAAUUGUACAUUGCGGAUUUACAUAUGAUAGUUUUUAAUCCGUAUUACGUUCAUGUACACUGUAGUAUAAAUGUAUGCAAUUAUUUAUGAACACUUAAUGGAAGUGUAUGGCGAUUCUAUAGACUUAAAAAUCAAUUAAGUUAACAAAAAUACAAUGAGCAUUGUCUACACACUACAAAUACAAAUAAUAAUCAUUCACGUUUAGCUUUGCUAUGUAUGACACAAACGUAAACUUAAGUAUAUUCGGCGGCUUCCGUACGUGUUUGCCAGCAUUUAAGUAUUUCGGAAUUCUGUCACUUGAGUCGUGGUCGGUCAGCUUGCUUGGCCUUUGUUUGCAUUUACAAAUAUUCGUGUAUUUUAUUCAUUACGUUGAAUUUUAACAAUCAAUGUGCUCAAUUGAAAAUGAAUUUUACUUUUAUUAAAAUGCAAUGAGUUUUUGCAACGUGACAUUAGAUACUUACAAAGUACUUAGAUCAAAUUUAUUCACUUGAUUGACGGGUUUAGGUCACAGCUAGACAUUUGAAUCUUUUUGGUAUUACAAUUAGGUAAUUUGCAAUUACAAAGACUUGGUCAAUUGCAGUAAAAAUUUAAAUUCUUAUUUAAUCAACGUGCUCACUGUUGCCUGCUGUUGUUCUAGCAAAAUAUAUUAUCAACGGAUUGCAGUUGCUUUUGGAACCUAUUUGGGUUAAUGGCGGUUCACGACAAACGGACUACAUUAAGGUAUAAAUCACUCGUAAGCAAGACCUACUAAAUGAAUAUUUUGUUCGGGAACCUUAAUUUUAAACAUGUCUCAUGCCAAGCACGUUAAAGGUCCAAUGACCUCUCAUUUUCAGUAUCAUGAAAGAUAAAAAUCUUAUUGCUCUCGUAAAAAUGUAACGUAAAAAUCUCUAGUAAAAGAUAUGCACAGCUAUAAGAAUUAUUUGGGCUUAUAUAAUCCGUCGUACAUUCAAAAACAGUCUUAUAACUCUUUAUUCAUCAAUGAAAUUCUGAAGUCCUGUGCAGUGAGAGGUAGGCAGACUCACGUCAAACCAUUACCUUAAUUUUUGGCCCAAGGGAAAUUCUCAUAGACUUCCUCCGCCUUCGUAAAGGCUGAGUGGAAUGUCAAAUAUUUUCGUGUACCUUGACUUAAGUAAUAAGUUCUUGGUCUUCAGCUUGCUUGAACAAUUUUAAAGUGGCUGAUACAUCGUGAGACAUGAUAACGUUAUUUUUUAUAAUUUACUACUUAUUCUACACAUAUAUAAUAUCGAAUAUAUCAAACUUUUAUCAGUUUGAUACAAACCGAAAAUAAUAAAUAAGUGUUGCGAUUUGCGAAAGUAAUUUAAAUGAUGUAAACUUGUUGUCAUGUUAUGUAGUUUAUAGUUUACUUGUAACUACAGCUCACUUUUAGACUAGUUAACAUUUACAGGUCAAUUUUAGUCCAGUUUCCUAAAUCGAUUAUGGUGAAGUUGCGCAUUCAUAUGCAAAUCAGAUCAGUCUGGAAUACAAUAGUUUCGUCCAGCUUGUUCCAUUAUGGAGUCAGGAGCCGUUAUAGGAUAAAAUAAUUAUUGAAUCACGUCGACAUCGUGCUCGUUCCUUUGUCCGUUUAAGUACUUUAAUCCUAAAUCCUGAUUUUUUUACUAUUCAGUAUUUAUUUCUAUUUCAUAAUGUUCCUAGACGGUCGGCAGCUUUCGAACUUGGAAAUCGAUAGCGCACUAAUCAAGUGUUAAUUGCUGCAUUCUACAAAUAGUCAUCAGUACUAUGUAUUUUUAAACUGUCUAGCCUACAAACGAACUGAACUAUUAAACAUAGGUAUCCAUAAAGACUCAUAAUUGUAUUUGUACGCCUCCCUAACAACACUGCGCUCGCAACAGUCUGUCAAUUUAUUGAUUGACAACCCAAUUGUUCAGACAUCAUGCCUCUAGGCAUCUAGCCAUUGCUUUGUGCACUGUGAAUAAUUUUCCGAUGUUUGUCCCCAAUUGAAUAUUUCCGGUAUUUAGUUUUGCAUUAAGAACUGGUCUAGCAUUUUUGGCUUUACAUAUUUAAUGACUAACAUUAUAAAACGCAUUUGUAGAUUUACAUUCAGGCAAACAAAUAUGUCAAUGACCAACGUUACACUCGAAUCAACCUAUAAAAAUCUGCAAUAAGCGAUAGGUUUUUAUGAUGUUGACUUACAUAAUUCAAUAGCGUCUAGCACUUAACAGUUUAUUUUGGUCGGCAUAACAUUGGAAUAGACUCAGACUGCUUGCCCACCUGAAAUAAUAACGAAAGCCACGCAUUUUCUGUCUUGAUAAUGUGAAGAACGUUAACAAUAUUAUGUAUAUUGUAGCGGAAGUUCAAGUUGAACGUUCUAUGAAUAACUCUAACAAUAAUAAAUAGUAUUAUCAACAAUAGAAAAGCUGAAUUUUAUCAUUCACAUGGUUACGUUAAAAGGCCGGAAAGCAAAUUAGUGUAUCAUUAUAUGUACCGUCUGUUUUAGUGAAAGCUACGAACAUUUAUUUCAACAUUUCUCUCUUGGAUUAAAACUGUUUUAGUUCAGAAUUACCUGAUUUAGGAACUUUGACAUUUCAAUCAAGUUAUGAAUUUUGAAUUGUGUUGAGUGCUUAUCAAUAUUACGGAAGAUCUCUAGCUCUUAACUUAAACGUUCCGUUUUUACUCCGACCCAUCAACCAUUUAAAUUAUUCCCAAUGUUAAUAGCUUGAUACCGAAGUUUUCUUUGAAGGUUUGACAGGUAUAUCCAUCUGAAUCUACUUCGGUACUAUUUCAUUAUCGAAUUUAACCAUCGAGAACCUUGUCGCAUUUACUUUGUAUGUAUUUAUAUAAGUAGCUAACCCGUUUGAGAAUCUUUUACAAACAUCAAUUUUACUAAAAAGCUUUACCUCGUCUUUUCUGCGAUACUAAAAGAUUAGAUUGAGAUCGGAAGCUCUAGAUAUUUUCAUCAUCUCUCAAAGCAGUUUAUAGUAUAAACUCUAAGUUCGAUAUCUACAACUUGAUAACGUAAAUUGUUUCUCUUCUGUUUAUUUCCGGAUCUCGGCAUUGCCUGCCGUUUUACUUGCCGCACAGUCGUUUGAUGGAAACUAUUUGCGUCACAGCCUGAUCACUAGCAGACAUCUUAUUUGAUAACUGUUUUGAUAUCAUUCGAAGAUAGAAAAUCUAUGAAGUUUUAGCUGUUGCUCAUGUAUCACAUCAAAAAUCUGAAAUAAAAUGUCAGCGUAAAACCAAUCAACCUUUACAAAGAGAUUUCUGAUUCCAUUUUUUGCAUUACUUGCAACUCAAACUGUGCGGAACUGAAUGUAUAUAUGCAAAAAAUCUGUUCCUAUUUCAUAGGUACGCCCACGGGUUCGAAUAUGAAAACAAACAAAAUAUUCAGCAAAGGAAUUUUUCAUCCCAAAUUCAUAUAUUGCUACAAUCGGUAAAUGAAAAAGAGCAAAUUUUUGUUCGUUUGCUUUGUAAGCUGUGAGUAUCGGAUUUUAUUCGAUAUGAAAACAAGUUCCUUUGUAAACAGGGCUUCCCUUUAUGUAAAAUAUAACGUUGCCGUUAAAAUAAUUCGUUAAAAUCUCCAUGCCUUGCAAUAAAUAAAAUUUCGAAACCUAUCAAUUGCCAUAUACUUGCAACCAUUGGAUUUGCGUUCCAAUUUUUAAUCAUGUCUCUAAGAUUCCAAUAACAGAACGAAACGUUAAACUUUAAAAAAGAACUGAUACAAAUAGGGUCACUAAGCAACUGUUCUAAUAAAAUUGGGAACAACGCUUGACGUUCAUUGUGUGUACAAACGUUGUCGUCAUCGAUGUUCUAUAAAAUAUCUCGAGCUGCGUUCCAACGGACGUCGGAUGUGUGCACCAGUUGUGUAGAAAGCCUUAGAUAGGGAACGAAGCUCGCCGGCGGCAGCGCAGCUUUAUAACAGUGAUUGGAGUUCUUUUGUUUGCCUACAGCUAUCGCCGGUUUCGAUUCUCACAACAUUUCAAACUCAAAGCAGUAUGUUCGUCACCUAGCUCCCAAAUAAUGCACAUAAUAACAUUUUAUUGUAAUAAGAACGAAAAAGCGUUGCUUUUUUUGGUCUUCUCAACGAAAACAUCGUUCUUAUGUUCUGCCGGUUACAUGACUUGCCCAAAAAUAUCUCUCAUCUGAUCUCUAUGUACUGCACUAAUUAAAUUAUCGUUAAAUAAGAUUUUUAUUAUUAUUUCUCUUUACAUUUCGCAUAGGUAGUAUAUGAAAGGGUUCUUCAAUAACUUGCCAAGGACUGCUGACUGUCCUGAUUUCAUGAAGCACGCAUCAGAAGCUGAAGCAAAUCAAUAGAUUCAUUACUACCAGUUAGGGGAUGUAAAUUUAUUUUGCAUCAAAGUGCAUACGUGUGUGUGUGUAUAAAUAGAAAUUCGAGGAACCUCGGAGGCGGGACUAUGCAGGUAGGCGGGCGCGGGCGCGGGUAGUUGCGAUUUCAGUGCGCGCGCAACCCCUGGGCCUAGCUAUUCGACCCGCCCUUACCCCGCGCGCUACAAGUGUCCAGUGCAGCUAGACGCAUUCGCAUUCGGAUCCGCAUCUUCUUCACUGUCGAGCGCGUUUGUUUCGAACACUUUUCGCUACUCUACAUCAAAGAGACUAGAGAUCCGCUAAGUGUCGCCGCGCACUAGUAGUCUUUUGUGCUAACCGCGAGUUUAAAUCGUAAUUAGUGGGUGCAUAUUUCUGCUGGUUGCUGGAAUUCGAUCAAACACAACCAAGAUGGGCUGCUUUGUUAGCAAAGAUAAACUCACCAAGGAAGAUAUGGAUUUCCUAAAGACGCACACGUCUUACGACGAAACCACCAUCAAGGAGUGGUACAAAGGCUUCAAGCAAGAUUGCCCUAAUGGCCGACUGACACCUGCCAAGUUUGUAGACAUGUACAAGAUGUUCUUCCCCUCUGGUAAUGCUGUUGAGUUCUGCGACCACGUGUUCCGCACAUUCGACAUGGACAAGAACGGAUACAUCGACUUCAAGGAAUUUCUGCAGGCGAUCCAUGUCACUUCAAGUGGCACUCCCGAGGAGAAGCUCAAGUGGGCCUUCCGCAUGUACGAUGUUGAUGGCAACGGAGUCAUUGACAUUCAAGAGAUGACCAAGAUUGUGCAGGCAAUCUAUGAUAUGCUGGGUGCCUGCUCAAGUAACCGACCGGCCGACUCGGCUGAAGAGCGCGCGAAGAACAUCUUCGCAAAAAUGGAUGAGAAUAACGAUGGUCAGCUGACCCAGGAUGAGUUCCUGAAGGGUUGCCUGCAGGAUGAAGAGUUAUCAAAGAUGUUGGCUCCCUAAAUAGAGGACACGCCUGCUUUACCAUGCGAUCCGCCCUCUCGUACCUCUUGCUUUCGUAGAAAAGAUAAACCGACGGUUUCAACCUAUCCACAGCAUACACGACACCAUGUAAAGCUCGAACAAAAACGAGCUAAAAUUAGUUAUUACAGGGCUAUUAUUUUGUAAAUGUGUAACAUUUAUUUUUAUUAUAGAUACAACAAAAAUACUUUUGGAAAUAACAUUCAUAUUAUUUUCAGCCAUUACAAUUUUGAUUUACAGACCAAAAUUAUCAACUGAUUAGGGGUUUAUGAAAUAUUUUAAGCUGUCGUGUUUGAUAUGGAAGAAGGUAAUACAUUGAGGUUUUAACAUCGAGACGGAUCUAAAUUGGUAAACGGUGCGGUGUUCUCUUACUGUCAUUGUGACAGAAAACGUAGCUUUAGUCCGGUUAUCUAACUAUAUUGUGUUUGCGCAAUCCACUUGGGUCGAGUGCAGCCUGCAUUUAGUCACUGACAUAAUAUGUUCAAAAUCUAUGUAUCAAUCACAGACCACCCGCAAUGUCAUAUCUCGUGGUGAAAACGGUCCGAAUAUCUUGAUUACGUCUACAUGUUUGAACGUACUCUUCACACCUCAACAGGAAUCACAGCUCUAAAAACAGAUACGAAUCAACAAUGUAUCUUCGCUCUUGUUACUCGGCGCGGGUUGAGGUAUUUUAGGCCUGACACGUAUCGACGCCAGUGUAUUGCUGCGUUUCACAAUCUGACUUAACUGGAAAGCUACGUUUCAGCUAAUUGUAAAAAAGUAUUAUAAUCAUAAGUUAUUAGAAACAGUGUGGCUAUACUUGCCUAAUUAGACUCUCAAGUUGAGACUUGUCCAUUCCGAAUGAUAAAUUGUAUGAAUGAUUAAUAUUGAUAACGGUGUUUGAUUAGUCCAAAUUGUAUGAAAUUGUGCCCAAAGCGUACCUACACUUUGUAGAUUUCAUUUUCUAUACCUGUUGAGCCUGAGGGUCGAAUUGAGCAAGUUCAGUGUUGCAUUCAGUCCAAAAGAAAACUGAGCGUUGUUAAACGCAACUUAAUGUCAAUCUAAACGUUUUAAUAUUAAGCCAUAAAUAGAGUAGAUACGGAUUCGGUCAGAUUGGAUGAACAAACUACACAAGCUGCACGCAGCACGGCGCUAAUCAGACGGUAACGAGCGUCACGAUCAUGUCGUUGCGAACUAACACAACUGACAAUCUGAUCACUUCUGUCCGAGUAAGUUCAAUUUGUGUAUAUUAAAUAACCGUAUUAUUCCACAUGAGUAAACUUUAUAUAACUAUCAUUUUAGAACUUAUCGGUGUUGUUUACAAUAAUAAUCGGUGUUAUACUUUCACCGAGCACCCAGUCGACGACUGGACCAGGAUACGCCUCUUUCCCCUUCUCUUAUUUACUCGCUUUAGUAUUUUCACUUUAGACUUGUGAUACUAUUUAUCGGUUCAUUCGCGUAAUAUUAAUCCAUACCUUCAUAAGUUUGUACUAUUUAAUUGAAGUAUUUUUAUAUCUCAGAUAAUUUCCCCACUACUGUGCCUUCUAGUUCUCCGCGUAGGUAGUUUACCGAUUCAGCAUUAUUUUACCUUCUAAGUUAUUUUGUUACUUGUCAGUUCCGUGUCAUCUUUGCUAAAGGUGGCCAAGGCCCAUACAAGUCGAACCCAAUGUUCAGUGUGCCCUAGUCCUGUAAUGCGUGCAAAUUAUAAUUUAAGCAUUUAAUAUAUUUUAGCAGUCUCCAUCAAUUGCCACUGGCCG